ACUCAGUUUCUCCCCGACAAUCUUUACAUUAGCAAUUAUUAUCACUUGCUAUUAAGUUUCUUCGCGCACACAGUUUCUGUGCUCGAACGCGACUUUCAAAAGCGCAAAAAAAAUAUUUUCACAAUUCCAUAUAGACAUACAAAGUUUCUUAUCAAAAGUUUUGGGAAAAUAUAUUACGGCUCGAAUGCGCGUGCGUGUUGCAUUUGCUAGUUUAGUGUUUGGUGUGUAAAGUGUUGGAAAACUUCAUGUUUUCGUCAAGCAAAUACCACAGUAGCAAUAAUAAUAAUAACAACAACAAAGUGCAAGUAUAUUGUGAUUUUACAAAAACUACACGUAGGACUAAAAAGUACGAAAAUUCGUUGACAUAACGAUAGCCUAUAUUGUUGAAAACCAACAACGGUGAUCUGGGUAAAAUCAAAAAUUAAUAAAAAAUAGUUCGCACUAUAUUUUAUUGAAGCAAAUAAUAAGUCAAUCAAUCAUUUUAAUAAUACUUAAAACGUCUUUGCCAUAUACGCACAGUGGAGUAGCAGCAGCCAAGCGUAGCAGUAAAGCCAUAAUAAUUUCUAUAAACAAUUUGAGACGAAAGAUCGUUAAAAUCAUUCAAUCAACUGUUUAAAAUUUCUCUUAUACGGAAAUUUUACUAACUACUUUUUACACCUCGUAAAUAAAUAGUGGUUUUUGCAGCAUCGCAAGCCGGCAAGACUACAAAACACCGCAAACAAAAACCCAACAACUUUUUUGAGUGAUUAAUUUCACUUCUUCAAUUUCCUUCAUUUAAUUUUAUUCGUCUCGAUUCAAGCGAGAGAAAAGCCAACAAAAAAUCGAACUCAUAGAAUGGUAGAAGGUGAUUCGAUUAAGAAUAAAAGUGAUUCCUAUAAUGUAGAGGCUGGCAUCCAACCAAACUACAAUAGCAGCAGAAACAACUCUAUCGACAAUCGCUCCAUUCUACAGCCCUAUUCAUUGGGCAGUGGUGGCAAGGAUCCCGAAUAUCAAUUCGCAGCAGUCAACAAGGGUUACGAGACGGACAUUAGCAGUGCUGGCGGUGAUAAGCAUGACGUAGAAAAGGGCAGUGCGGCCGUCAUUGAAGUCACUAACAACGGAGUCGCAUUACAAGGCUCUGCUGGCGGCGGUGGCAGCAAUGGCGGAGGCUCAGGCGCCGAUGGUCGUCGCUCAACUGGUGUACGUGCUAAUUUUGAGCAGGCCAUCGAAUUAUGCGGCUAUGGCAAAUUCCAUUAUAUCCUACUGGCCAUUUGUGGUCUGGUGAGCACCAGCGAGGAAAUGGAUGUCAUUUCAAUGUCGUUCAUCCUACCGUCGGCACAAUGUGAUUUAGAUUUGAACACAAGCUCCAAAGGUUGGCUCAACUCGAUCAUUUUCAUUGGCAUGAUGGUGGGUGCCUAUUUCUGGGGCAGCAUCGCCGAUGCAGUGGGACGUAAGAAGGUGCUGAUUGUGAUCUCCUUCAUGAAUGGAUUUUGUAUUGUUGCAUCGUCAUUUUCGCAAACCUACGAGUGGUUUAUGUUGUUUCGCUUUCUCAACGGUGCGGCUCUCGGCGGUAGCGGUCCGGUAAUUUGGUCGUACUUCGCCGAAUUCCAGCCGAAAGCGAAACGUGGCUCCAUGUUGAGUUUCAUGGCAGCCUUUUGGACCUUCGGCAAUCUCUUUGUUGCCGGCCUGGCGUGGCUCAUCAUUCCCAGUGGCAUUGGCUUCGAAACGGAUCUAAUUACAUACAAAACCUGGCGUGUCUUCCUGAUGGUAUGCGCUUUGCCAUCAUUCGUGGUCGCCUUCCUGCUCUUUUAUCUACCCGAGUCGCCAAAAUUCCUGCUGACCAAGGGCAAACAGGAAAGAGCCAUGGCCAUCUUCCGCGGUAUUUUCGUCACAAACACAAAGAAGCCAGCAGAGCAAUAUCCUGUUGUCGAAUUGGACAUCGAUGAGAAAUUGUUGGCUGAGAUCAAGGAGAAUCAGGCAGGUGUCAAGGGCAAAUACAGCAAAAUGAUGUCGAGUAUGGCCGACCACAGCAAACAGUUGUUCACUUCGCCAAUACUCAAAUUCACACUUGUCUCCAUCACCAUCAACUUUACCUUCCACAUUGGUUACUAUGGUCUGAUGAUGUGGUUCCCUGAGCUAUUCAAUCGUUUUGAUGAGUACAGCAAAGAUUUUCCAAAUGAGCGUGCCGGCGUCUGUACAGUUACCGAAUAUGUAGUGGGCAAGGGUCAGGCGGAGAAUGCUGUCUGCUCGUCGAACAUACCGCAGAAUGUCUUCCAAGAGUCGUUGAUUUCAUUGGCGUCGGCGCUGCCAGCUAAUUUGAUCGCCAUUUUGGGUAUGGACUUGUUGGGUCGCAAAUUCUUCCUCAUAUUUGGCACCAUGACGGCUGGCGUCUGCUCGGCAGCCAUGUACUUCGUUUUCAACUCUACACAGAACCUGAUUGUGACGGCUGUGUUUAGCGGUGCCAUCUCGGCUGCAAAUGCAGCUUUGGACUGUCUCAUCACCGAAGUUUUCCCGACCCAUUUGCGCGCCACCGGUGUGGCCAUAUCCAUGGUGGCGGCGCGUAUGGGUGGCAUCAUUGGUAACAUUGUGAUCGCCACACUUUUAGAUCAGUAUUGCCCGGCACCGACUUUCAUUGUGGCCAUCCUGUUGAUAGGUGGUGGUCUCAUGUGUUUGAUGUUGCCCAACACAACACGCAAGGAAUUAAAUUAAGAAGGGAGUGGGUAUUGAGAGCGGAGCGAAGGAAGGAAGGGAAGAAGGCGGAGUGGAGCAGAAAUGAACGAGUUUGGGAAAAAUACUCGGAACAAACGAAUUUCAAGAAUGGAUUUAAUUGAGUGGGAAAUAAAUGCAUGUACACAUACAAACGCAAACACAAAAACAAAUCAAAACAUAUACACACACAUCUAAGUACUAAUGUAAUAUCGCUUAGGAAUUUGUUGUAAAUUUUCUAGCCAUGUAAUAUAUAUAUGUAACUACCGAUUAAUAUAAAGUAAACAGUAAUAGAAUUUACAUACAUAUAUACACGUAAUUACCAAAAGUAAACUAAAAGUUUCAAGAAAACGAUUAUACAAAUUUAAUUUCAUAUUUUAAAUAAAAGUUGGAAGUAAGAAAAAACGAGAA